CUCAGGCUCCCAGCUGAGGCUCAGGGUACUACUCUUGGCUGACUCCUGCCGGCUCGCGGUCAUUCUUCGUUUACUCACGAAACAAGUUUGGCUGUGGCUUGAAGGCAUGUAGAGCCUUUUAAUAAGAUCUUAUCAUGAGGUAUAGCCCAUCUUUUCGUUUGUCUUCACACACGGUCGAUGCUGUAUGAGCUUGUAAACGAGCGUAUCUCCCGUCGUGCAUUGGCCCGGGUCAUGUCUACUUUUCUCUGCAUACUUUUUGUGACUAUCCAUCCAUUUUCCCAGCUGGGGGGAUCGUCGGCUUUCCUCGUGUUGAGCUUGAAAGAGCUCGUGUUCUCUGUCCAAGAGGAUCUGGCCCAGCAGCUUGAAAUUACUAUUAUAAACAUCGCAGGUGCCCUAGCAGGUAUUGGCAUGUCGACCUUUGCCAAAUACCUUGCAGCUAUUCCACAGGAGGGAUCAGUGACAUCGCGUCUCAUACUAGCUGUAUUCCUUGUGAUAAUCAGCUUUUUCGCUGGUUGGGCGAAAAGCCGUCUUCCUCGUCUCCAUUUAUCUGCGCGGAUAUCGUGCUUUGUGUCCAUAUGGCUGUUAACCGACAAUGUUGGUGUAACCUCUGUAUUUUUUUUAUGGAUCACUGUGACCGCUGCGUCUGUUUGCUUGUUUUCUAGCAUGUUGAUCUUGCAUUGGUCCUCGACUCACCUUACUGAAGAACUCGCGUCGACUUUGAGAAUUAUCCACCGAUGCUUAGCCGUGUGCAUGGAUAAUCCAUUCACGUAUCCUUCUUCCCAGCAAAUCACUGACUUGAAAGAUUUACAUGCAGAAUUGGUCCACCGGUCUGUGAUAUUGAAUGAGAUGUACUAUCAAGCAGCCUUUGAACUCCGUAUUGGGCGCGUUAGCGUCAAGUCCCUCAAGCCUCUGCUGGGCAUGGUUGAACACUUGCGCCGUGAAUUAUCCUGGGGAAUGGUUCCUCGGCCAGGUCAGACCGACUGGUCCAACGAAUCGUACUGUGUAUCAUCUCCUUCCUUCGAGGCUUCAGCGAUAGAGCUCGGCAAAACCAUUAUGAUCUCAAUCAAAGCAGUCGAAGAUCUGGUGCUCGGCGUGUACACGCAUGCCUCCCUAUGGCGCAAGUCAUUGCGUACAGAGAGAGAUGCAGUUACUGCGGCUGCCAUCAAUCUCAAUCUCACAUGGUACACUGCAAAAACCGAGUUGCGUAACACUAUCCGGACAUUAGGCGAAGAACCGGGUUCCCCAUCUGGCUCCAUCAUUCCUUCUCAUCUCCAUCAUCAGUGCCUGUUUGUGACGUCAUUGCUACAGAUGGCGUACGACACGAGCCACAUACUGCAAGUAGCUCAGAAUAUUUCCGCACACCACGAAGCUUCUAGACUUCGCUUCUGGCUCCCGCGAUUGACAUGGCAGUGGCUUGGCAUUGCGCCCCGAACUUUCAUAAUGGAGGAAUAUGGGGCACCUAUGGCCCAUGAUGCUUCCGAAGCAGAGACAACUCUAUCAGCUGAGGAAGUCCGACAAGGCAUUGCUUUUGUCGAUCGACAUGAUGAGGUGACAAGUCAAGAGGUUUCCUAUUCCCAUGCCAUCAAAAGAAUUCCCAGUGGCCAACAGUUAUCAUUAAAGUCCUUUCCACGAUGCUUGUUGUCGACACCACAACGCCUUUGGAAUCAUUCCUUCAUACUUCAGCUUCGACUAGGAGCAUCAAGGGUAAUCCGCAACAUGCAACAUUCCAGUCAUUUGCAGCAUGCGACGAAAAAUGCCAUUGGGGUGGCCAUGCUAAGUUUUCCGGCUUUUCUUCCUUCUAACUCAGCAGGUUUUCAGUGGUUUAAGUGGAUCCACGGCCAAUGGAUGAUUAUCAGCUACGUAUGGGUCCUCGAAACAAAUACUGGAGCGACCUGGCGCGUCGGUUAUUUGCGUCUCUCAGGGACCAUUCUAGGAGCUAUCUAUGCUUAUAUCACAUGGGCUAUCUGCGGCAAGAAUUCUAUUGGCAUAGUGGUAAUGAUUACAUUGUUUGAUAUACCCGUUACGUGGCUUGUCACGAAAAGCAGGAUCCCGUCCUUGGGUGUCGUCGCGUCUGUUACGCUCCCUCCUAUCGUGCUAUACCAAUACUUAACUCCGGAUUCGGGAGUGUCUACCCAAGACUUAGCUUGGAUGAGGGCUUCAAUGAUUGCUUUAGGCAUCAUCACUGCGUUGGCAAUGAAUAGUCUUGUCUUUCCUCGGUACAGCCGGGUGUUGUUUCUGAAACAGACCAGCAGGACAUUGAGAUUGCUCAGCCAGUUAUAUCUUCUCCUCGUACAGGGGAUGUUUCAGAAUAUAUACGUAUUCACACCGCACGACAAGCAAGAGACAUUGAAGUCAGAACUUCAAAUUCGCAAUGCGCUUCAUCGAUCUUCGUCGCUGCUGACUAUUAUGAAUGACGAGCUCAGUCUAGUGCCGAAACCAAUGCGCCACUACCGCGAAGUUGUCCUCAAGAUACAGAAGAUUCUUGACUUGAUGACUGGUCUUAGAAAGAUACGGGAAAAUAUACCCCGCAAGGAGACUAUUGCGUCAGUCCUGAAAGAACGGAAGGAAUUUAUAUCCUGUAUCUGCGUCUUGCUGUUUGCGAGUCAGCACGUCUUUCAAGCUCGACAACCUCUACCGCAGUUCCUCCCAUCUGCAAGACAAGCACUUGAAAAACUCGAAUCACAAAUAAAAGUCUCCUUGCGACGAGGUAUCGACGUGGAUGUGUCGGUUAAGGGCAUCUCUUUGGCAUACUCAGUUGCGGAAGGUGAGGUCAUGAGGGAUAUGGUUGAUACCAUAGAGGAUUUAUUGGAGCUGUGCCGCCAGCUAUUCGGUACAUCGGCGUGGUUGACCCAUACCUUGCCAGAAACGACUGUUUACAACGUUGAUGAAGAACCUGGAACGCCCGGUGAAGGAUGGUUUAGUACAGUGGGACGUGGGUAGAAAGGAUAUUUCAUUCAAAGGCCUUGUCAUGUAGCAUAGAUGGAAUUUUAUGGGUAAUGGUAGCUAGAGUUAUUGUGUGACAUAUGUAAUGAGACGAAGGUGAAUUAUUC